AUGAAAGCUAUCCAAGUAACGAAAUAUGUCUCCGGACCUCAGGACCUCUUCGUCACUACCCUGCCCACUCCCGCGCCCCAUCCCACGAAAUAUCUGAUCAAGAUCCGCGCCUGCGGCACGAAUUUCUUUGACCUCCUCCAGAUCCAGGGCAAAUACCAGCACCAGCCACCCCUACCAUGGAUCGCCGGCAUGGAGUUUGCCGGUGUGGUGGUCGCAACACCUACCACCCGGGAAGGGUCCAAGAGCGCUGUCGCGAGUAGCCUCGACGGCACAGUGAGCACACAGACAAACCAUCAGUUUAAAGUGGGCGACCGAGUAUUUGGCGCCACGCACGGAGCAUAUGCUUCUCAUAUACUGGCAGACGAAGGAGUUUUAUUUCCCGUGCCCCAGGGCUGGAGCUUUGCGGAUGCUGCUGGUCUCUAUGUGACAACUCCAACCGCUUACGGUGCCUUGGUCACGCGAGCAAAGACUCAGCCGGGCGAGUGGGUGCUUGUCCACGCAGGCGCUGGCGGUGUCGGUCUGUCGGCGGUUCAGGUCGCAAAGGCUCUGGGAGCCACUGUUGUUGCCACAGCCGGUUCGGAGCGAAAGAGACAGGUCUGUUUAGACUACGGGGCGGACUACGUUGUGGACUAUCGGGACAAGAAUUGGCCGCAAAGAGUCAUCGGGCUCUGCGAACAGCAUAGGACAGGAAACGGCAAGCAGGGCGUCGAUGUCGUCUAUGAUCCCGUUGGUAUGAUUGAUCCAUCGAUGAAAUGUAUUGCAUGGAAUGGUCGACUGCUAGUUAUCGGCUUCGCAGGCGGCACCAUUGAAAAGGUCGCCCUGAACAGAGUUCUCCUGAAAAAUAUCAGCCUCGUUGGGUUGCACUGGGGGAUGUAUGCCACGAAAGAGAAGGAGACGGUUCCACAAGUGUGGAAAGGCAUAUUUGACUUGAUCAAUUCAGGCAAAUUGAAGGGCAUCACGUAUACAGACAAGCAUUACAAAGGACUGGAACAGGUUCCGGCAGCCCUGAUCGCUCUGGGUGCUCGAGAUACAUGGGGAAAGGUGGUUGUGGAGCUGGGGGAGAAUGAGGGCGAAGAAGGUAGGAGUAAGUUGUAA